AAAAUCAGGUGAUAACCUGAGAAGAGGUGCCUUUCCCUAAACUCUGAGUCUGAUACUUGAGACUCCUUCUCUCUCUGUCAUUCUGACAAGAACACAAAGACAAGAUGUCCAAACCAGGUGGAUACAGCAGCCAGUCCGACACUCCCUCCGGUAACAAGCCCAAAAGCUACCCGAACGUCACCACUAACAAGGACCUUCUAGAGCCCAACAACCCGAAGGUGGACCCGAAGGACCAGUCAGCCAAGAGCCAGGAGAAGGACCAGAUGGUUGGACUCAACGACAAGUUUAUAGCGUUCAUUGACAAGGUGCAAAACCUGGAGCAGCAGAACAAGGUCCUGGACACGCGCCUGAAGAUCCUGAAGGAGCAGGAGGACUACCAAGGCAACGUGGACGCUGUGGUCCAACAGCUGGCCAACGAGUUGCAGCGGCAGAUCGAGAACCUGGCCCGGGACAAACAGAAACUGAAGCAGGAGGUGGCCCGCUGCCAGGACGAAGUGGGCCAGACACGCAACAAGUACCAGGAUGAGAUCCAGAAGAAGUCGGAUCUGGGGAAUGACUUUGUGAUCAACAAGAAGGAUGUGGGAUGAGGCCAACUGGCAGCCGUGGAUCUGGCUCUGGAACUGGAGACCUGAUGGAGAACUGGAC